GUGGUGGCGGGCGCCUUGGCCACCUGCAAUAUCCCCCUGGCCUUCCUGGAGCCCACCAUCGCCAACUGGAUGAAGGAGUCCAUGGGGGCCAGUGAGUGGGAGGUGGGCCUCACCUGGCUGCCCGCCUUCUUCCCCCACGUGCUGGGUGUCUACGUCACCGUCCGGCUGGCUGCCACGUAUCCCCACCUCCAGUGGUUUUACGGGGCCCUGGGCAUGGCCAUCAUCGGUGCCAGCUCCUGUCUGGUGCCAGCCUGCAGGAAUUUCGGGCAGGUCAUCAUUCCCCUCUGUGGCAUCUGCUUCGGCAUCGCCCUGGUGGACGUUGCUGGCCAGAUUGUGCACACCAUGGGCUUUGCACAGCUCAACCUGGGCAUGGGGCUUGCCAACGUGCUUUACGCCCCUGUCCUCCUCUUCCUCAAAAAUGUCUGCCAAAUGAAACCCUCUCACUCAGAGAGGAACAUUCUCCUUGAAGAAGGACCUAAGGGACUCUAUGACACCAUCAAAAUGGAGGAGCGCAAAGGCAUGGGCAAAAGCCUCCAGCCAGCGGGUGAGAUGGAUAAGGGCGUGGACUCCUGCCGCAGAGACCUGACAGGGGUGUCUGAGGAGGACUCAUCGGACUAUGAGUACAGUUAG